UUUCUCGGCUUCACUGUGUGAGGUAAAGUGUCAAAUUAUUGCCUCGUUUUCCACGUCACUGCGCGGUAGAACGGAUCCUGUCUCAUUUCUUAAUUUGCCAAAGAAAGCAGCUUAGUCCGAUUAUUUACGCAUUCGUCUUUACGGCAUUCGGCAACUUUUGAAAUUCCUCCCCCCUUCCGAAGGUUAAGCCGUAGUGCUAGCAACCUUCACAAAUCGAAUUGUCGUCCAGUUUCUCCGUAAUUUGUAGCCAAUUCUUGCGGGCUUAUCGCUUGUUGUUCUACCCACCUAUUAGCCACACACAAGCAUCAGUAUGUCAGAGGUGACCGGCAGCCCGUGCGACCCUGAGACCGCAGGACCCGACAGCGGAGAGGGGGACGAAAUCCUUCGGGGGCAGGACUCACCCAUCGCCGAGGAGAUGCCUGACGACUGCGGUGACGGCAGCACGGAAAGUACUCCCGAGGACGCACUGGCAAAUUUUCGGCACAAAUUCUCCAUCCGGAGUCUACUCGGGAUAGAAGCCCAGUCGUCAGCUGAUAGGAUGAGAGACGGGACCAGGAAUCAGGAGAACCAGCAGGGGGACACGCGGAAAGAAACAGGAAAAGAGAUGAGCGAAGAUGACAAGAAAUCGACCAAACCUGCGACGACAGAGAAGCCUAAAAGGAACCGGACUACUUUCUCGACCAGGCAACUGCAGGAGCUGGAGAGAGCCUUCCGCCAGACGCACUACCCUGACAUUUUCAUGCGCGAAGAACUGGCCAUGAGGGUCAACUUACCGGAAUCACGCGUGCAGGUCUGGUUCCAAAACCGCCGAGCAAAAUGGCGGAAGCGGGAGAAGCACCUACACGACAUGGGCGACCCGGACUUUCCCGACGGGUCCCGAGAACGGCUCCACUACGGACCCUUCUCACGGUUCGACCCCCUGGGGCACUUACCGCCUUACCCCCUGCUAGGUCUGUACCCGCACCUCUUCCCCACUCAAGGCAACCCCCUGCUGCUGAACAUCCCUAAGGCAGUGGGCUACCCGGCACCCUUCAUGGCCUUCCCUAAAAAACCUGCCGAGAACACCACUUGCCAAGCACAGGAGACAUCGCCGGCUGAGUCAGAAAAGGAAGAAAAAGAGGACUGAAUUUUAAUAUGCUGAAAAAAACGGAAAUAUCUCUAUAUAAUGUAUUGUGCUGUGAUUCACUGCUAGGCUUUGUUUAUUCCUUAUAACCUUUGGCCAUUUUUUUCGAAUUCUCUCACAUAAAGUGAAAACAAUCAUGCUUUGCCUUUGAGAAAAUAGGAACAGGAAAUACUCUGCGUUGAUAUAUAAACAUUCAGUUGUUUUGAGCCCAGACACUAGGUCGUGGCUUAAAUAUUAACAUGAAUUCUCUAUUACAGCAAAGUAGUACUAAACACUAGGACAUUUUGCUAUCAUCAAGGACAUUCUAUCACCAUGGAAGCUCCUUGCUAUUAUGUACGUUUGAAACAAUUUUCAUGAGGAAGUAUAUACGUAAUUUGUGUCAGCGUUACAUAAAGGAGUCAUGGACGUUAGGUGAUUUUUACCUAAUUCUCUGCGUAUAUUGUUGGUGAUAUAUAGACCUCCUCAUCUUCUGAUCAAAAGAGAUUGGCAUAAUCGAAAGUGACCUUCCGCGCAACAUUUUGAACACUUUCUCUUUCGGAAGGAGGUAGACUGUUCAGAAAAUGUUACUAAAUUGUGGAAAAAGACAAUAAUGCCAUCAUUAAUACAG